AUGUCGUUCACCGUUCAUUCCACGCCUGAUGGUCACUCCUACGGCCCUCCGUUAAAGCCGUCGCAGAUAAAGUUCUUUCGACCUGCACAGAUGGCUCUGUUUGCGAAGCUAGCCACUUAUCCUCCUCUUGGCCAGGUCACCGUGGUGUCGCCCACACGAGACAAAUUCAACUUUACAGUUAUUCUCGAGUCAUCGAAAUCUUUACCUGAGAGGCCUUGGGAGGUUUCGAUAUGGUAUGACUAUGGCAGCUAUUCGGGAACCAAAUCUCCAUGGCAGGCGCUCGACCUGCAACUCGUGGACCACACCCCGGAAAUUCUCUACGACGAUACACAAACUUCCACAUAUCGUUAUACAUUCUCUGGGGAUCUGUCUAGCCCGUAUGUCUCUCCAGAUAAGACUUACAAGGGCCGAAGAGUACCUUUCACCGUCCGUUAUCGCAUAGACUCCAAUUCCGAAUGGAUGUGGGUGUAUCACAACUUUGGCAUCAGAGAUGGCGCAUUGGUGUUACAGCCCCCUAUUGACCCGAACUUCCUCGGCGCGUACCCUGUUGAGAUCUUAGACGGAUGGACAAUCAGGAAAACCCCAAGUGACGCGCCGGAAGCCCGCCUUUACACCAUCGAAUCUGCUCAUCCUAUCCCGACCCCGGAAGAAGGAAACGCGCAACUUGAGUCCCUCACUCUUGGCCGUGUCACUCAAACCUGCAGAUGGUUCGGUCUUGUGAGGAUAUGGGAACCUUGGUUGGCACCUCGCCACGGCGAAACCCAACUGCAUUUAUCCGAGCCGGCCAUUCUACUUUCGUUCUUAAGAUCCGACGGUCUACACGUUGUGCUACUGGCUGUCAACGGCGUGGAUGACGUCCUUACACAGUUUCGGUCAACUCCAAACGGUGAUAUUGUGGUCCAGGCUCGAAAUGACUCCGGUAAAGACCAAAGGUUCAAGGUCCUGGCAGCGUCUGCAUGGAAGUUCGAGGUUGCGAACGCAGCUGUUAUGUAUGAGGCUCGGAAGCUGGUCCGACAAUCAGCGGCCUUCCAACAGGUAACUGAACAGCUCGAACAAUUGCCAAAGAGUAUCCGAGCCGACUCGGUCGAUUCAGACACGGUCUUGGUCAACCAUUCGAAGAAUGCAGACGAGGAUGCUCUACCAGAGCCUCAAUGGUUGGAAUCCUGGUAUGACAGCCUUGCGUACUGCACGUGGAACUCUCUGGGUCAAGACCUCAAUGCCGAGAAGAUCAUGGAUGGUCUAGACUCACUGGCUAGGAAUAAGAUUUACAUUUCAACACUCAUCAUUGACGACAACUGGCAAUCUCUUGACGGCACUCAGGGCGAAACAAACCAAUUUCAACGUGGUUGGAAGGCCUUUGAGGCCAAUCCCGUUGGCUUUCCCGAGGGGUUGAAGGCAGCUGUUUCGAAAAUCCGGGACACUCACCCUGCAAUCCACGACGUUGCUGUUUGGCACGCGCUGAUGGGAUACUGGGGUGGCAUAUCUCCGGACGGGGAGAUUGCGAAGACUCACAAGACAGUUGAAGUAAACUUCCGGGAGGGGACCCCCAUGGCCGGCCGCAAACUAGUUGUCCACCCGGAUGACAUUAACAAGCUCUAUGACGAUUUCUACCGUUUCCUAUCGAAUGCCGGCGUGACAUCGGUGAAGACAGAUGUCCAAUUCGCGCUCGACCUCCUCGCAGACACAUCGGACCGCCGGUCCUUCACGAAUACCUACCAAUCGGCAUGGACCCAAGCCCAUCUACGCCACCUUGCGGGUAAAGCGAUAUCCUGCAUGUCAAUGAUCCCGCAAAUCCUCUACCACAGCUUCCUUCCCACGACGACCCCUCAGAUAAUGCUACGAAACAGUGACGACUUCUUCCCUGACGUCCCCAGCUCUCAUGCCUGGCACGUUUUCGUGAACGCCCAUAACGCCUUGUUUGUUCAGCAUCUCAAUGUGCUGCCAGACUGGGAUAUGUUUCAAACCAGCCAUCCAUAUAGCGGAUUCCAUGCCGCAGCACGCUGCUUGUCGGGUGGACCUAUUUACAUCACCGACACUCCUGGUGAGCACGACGUGGAUUUAAUACACCAAAUGACGGCCAUGAAUCCGAGGGGACAGACGGUCAUCCUUCGUCCUAGUUGUGUGGGCAAGACCAUGGGUGUCUACGACAAAUAUGAGGAAAAAGGCGUUCUCAAGGUCGGCGCUUACGACGGCAAGUCAGAUGUGGGAGCCGGCCUGCUGGGCGUGUUCAAUAUCGCCGAAUCUGACACCAGCUUCAUCCUCCCCAUUACCAAAUUCCCAGGCGUCAAUGCCCCAACUUCCACCUCCAAUGACGCCGGCAUCUCGAAAAAGAAGUGGAUUGUCCGUUCACACAUCUCCAAACGUAUAACUUCACCGAUCCAUCCUUCAGACCCUAUCCGACCAGACAGCCUACUUCAAUGCACUCUGCCGAUCCGUGGCUACGAUGUGUGGACCGCCGUGCCUGUGCACAGCUUCUCUUUGCCGGUCCUGGGCACAGCUCUUGAGCUCGCCGUCCUCGGUCUUCUGGGGAAAUUCAGCGGCGCAUGUGCCAUAAUCCAGGCAACCUUCAAUGCUGCCGAGUUGGAGUCAGAUUCGGAGUCAGAGUCAGGAUCGAAAUUUGGGACACAUGCACAAUCGGGGUCUCGCCUGAAGAUACACGUCCAAUUAAAAGCCCUUGGAGUACUUGGUAUCUGGCUUUCCGACGUCCAGUCGAGCGCGCGCAAGGUGGAGGAUUUGAUGGUGUUGAUCCAGGGCAAACCAGUGCCCGAACAUGUGGUGAAGUUGAACACGGAGGGUGCUCCAGGUGAGAGUGGUGUGCUUGAAAUUGAUGUUGGUGCAGCAUGGAUUGAGAUGGAAUUACAGCAUGGCUGGAAUAACGAGGUGGGAGUCGACAUUUUUGUGCAUUAG